AUGGACCGCGUGGAUAGCUCAACCACGUUGCGUGGAAGAGGCAGGAACAAAAGGAAUUGGACUUCCGAUGAGGACGAUGAGCUAAUUAAAGCCUUGUAUGAGUUGUCUUUGGAUCCGAGGUGGAAAUCCGAUGGUUCAUUCAAAGGUGGGUACUUGGCAAUAUUGGAAAAACAUCUUGCUGAGAAGUGUCCAGGCCGUGGUAUCACCGGAGUUCCACACAUUGAAUCAAGAGUGAGGCACUUCAGGAAGAAAUUUGGUGCUCUUGAAGUAAUGAUAUCCAAAAGUGGUUUUACAUGGGAUGGAAAUAGGAAGAUGAUUCAAUGCGAGAAGGCACAAUAUGAAGAACAUUGUAAGAAUCACAAUGAGGCUAAGGGAUUGUAUGGUGUAUCAUUUCCAUACUUUGAGCAAUUGGCUGCUAUCUAUGGCAAGGACAUCGCAACAGGGGAAAAUGCUGAAGGCUUUGGAGAGGCAGUCGGAAACUUGGAGAAGGAAAUUGCUAUGGAGGAAGAAGAAAAUGAGGAAGAGGAUAUGAUCUCAACAGGGACAGCUAGACGGUCCAUUGACACUUGCUCUAUUGAUACAACUAGUUCUAAGAGACAAAAGAAGGAGCCAAGGCCAAAGAGGGCGACGGGACCAAGCGAUCCUUUUGCAGCCAUGCUUCAAGAUGUCAACAACCAGCUAAACAGUGUGACACAACAUGUUGGUACAAUGGCAACAACAUUUUCAGCAGCAAUGGCACGAGAAACAACCCAAGAGGACCCUCAACAGAAAUCAAGAGAAAAGGCAAUUAGUGAAUUAUCUAGGCUUGCAUUCACUGGGAGCGAGAUUGUUGACGCUGCAACUAUAUUUGCUAAAACUCCAGAACACAUGAACAUGAUGCUUGUGCUUCCAGAAAUCCUUAGGAGGGACUUCGUCCUCAAAAUGCUCUCGAGUAUCCCUUUUUCUAAACUCUCCAGUUUACAUCAUCAGCUUUGA